AUGGGUAAGGAAAAGACUCACAUUAACCUUGUUGUUAUCGGUCACGUCGACUCUGGUAAGUCCACUACUACUGGUCACUUGAUUUACAAGUGUGGUGGUAUUGACAAGAGAACCAUCGAAAAGUUUGAAAAGGAAGCCGCUGAAUUGGGUAAGGGUUCUUUCAAAUACGCUUGGGUUUUGGACAAGUUAAAGUCUGAAAGAGAAAGAGGUAUCACCAUUGAUAUCGCUUUGUGGAAAUUCGAAACUCCAAAAUACCACGUUACCGUUAUCGAUGCUCCAGGUCACAGAGAUUUCAUCAAGAACAUGAUCACUGGUACUUCUCAAGCUGACUGUGCUAUCUUGAUUAUCGGUGGUGGUGUCGGUGAAUUCGAAGCCGGUAUCUCCAAGGACGGUCAAACCAGAGAACACGCUUUGUUGGCCUACACUUUGGGUGUUAAGCAAUUGAUUGUUGCUGUCAACAAGAUGGAUUCCGUUAAAUGGGAUGAAUCUCGUUUCCAAGAAAUUAUCAAGGAAACCGCUAACUUCGUUAAGAAGGUUGGUUUCAACCCAAAGACUGUUCCAUUCGUUCCAGUCUCUGGUUGGAACGGUGACAACAUGAUUGAACCAACCACCAACGCUUCUUGGUACAAGGGCUGGGAAAAGGAAACCAAGGCUGGUGUCAUCAAGGGUAAGACCUUGUUGGAAGCCAUUGACGCUAUUGACCCACCUUCCAGACCAACUGACAAGCCAUUGAGAUUGCCAUUGCAAGAUGUUUACAAGAUCGGUGGUAUCGGAACUGUGCCAGUCGGUAGAGUUGAAACCGGUGUUAUCAAGCCAGGUAUGGUUGUUACCUUCGCCCCAGCUGGUGUCACCACUGAAGUCAAGUCCGUCGAAAUGCACCACGAAUCUUUGACUGAAGGUGUCCCAGGUGACAACGUUGGUUUCAACGUUAAGAACGUUUCCGUUAAGGAAAUCAGAAGAGGUAACGUUUGCGGUGACUCCAAGAACGACCCACCAAAGGCUACCGAAUCUUUCAACGCUACCGUUAUCAUCUUGAACCACCCAGGUCAAAUCUCUGCUGGUUACUCUCCAGUUUUGGACUGUCACACCGCUCACAUUGCUUGUAGAUUCGAUGAAAUCAUUGAAAAGAACGACAGAAGAUCUGGUAAGAAGCUAGAAGACCACCCUAAGUUCAUCAAGUCUGGUGACGCUGCUUUGGUCAAGUUCUUGCCAUCCAAGCCAAUGUGUGUCGAAGCUUUCACUGACUACCCACCAUUGGGUAGAUUCGCCGUCAGAGAUAUGAGACAAACCGUCGCUGUCGGUGUUAUCAAGUCCGUUGUUAAGAACGACAAGGCUGGUAAGGUUACCAAGGCUGCUCAAAAGGCUACCAAGAAAUAA